GAGAUCUCAUGAUGAACGAGUCAUGAGAAGCCAGGAGACCAUGAUCCCGUCACAGACUGAGCCUCAACCCCAAAACACGAUUGUGGAGGACAUAAGUAUCGCAGAAGCAGAACAGAGACAAGCGGCAACUGUUUAUGACAAUCCUGUUCAAAGUUGGGUCACACAAGUACAGAAUGUGUCUGAUGAUAUGCGACUGCACGAGGACUCACUCGACCAGGAGGAGGUGGAAUUUUGGAGAGAGCUGCAGGAGAAAUACCUGAAACCUCUAUCUGAUGACAAAGAGAGACAGAAAGAGAUUGCCAAUGAUCUGCGACACCUGAGAAACAAAAUCAGCUUUGUCUUCUUCAUCUUGAAUGGCCUGUGGCUGGUGGCGGCCUUCACCCUCCAGGUCUUCGACACUUCCUUCACCAUUGUGAUCCCAAUAUACAACCACAACCUCGAGUUCAUUGGAAAAAACAUCGACAUUGAUCCUAUCGGCUUUAUGUUCAUUCUGGGAUUCGCCGUGUCAGUUUUGCUCCAGUUUUUUGGCAUGCUGUACCACAGAAUCUGCACUCUGAUCCAUUAUGUGGCCUUUAUGGACACUGAGCCCAGAGAGGAGAAAUCUGAACAGCAUUUAUACCUGCCAGGCCAAAAGAACGACCAAGUCCCAAACACCAGCUACAACGUCCAGCAGGACUAUGACAAUGAAGACAGUGAUGAUGACGAUGAUGAUGUGUUGUACACGACAAGUUAUAAUGGAGCAACUUUGGUCUAA